UCAGCUGUUGUCGCGCGGGAAAGGGCGGCAAAGAAAACCAUAUAAACAGAAUAUAAGUACAUGUAGAGUAACAAUUAAGAAUAUUUUAAAAUUCUAAGUACAUGUAAAGUAAACAGUAAGAAUACAGAAGAAUAGGAAUACAUGUCGCAGGUUGUAACGCUCGGAUAGUGCAUGUCAUUCCAUUUAUCGAGAUAUGUUGUAGGUAUGACAAUUAGCAAAUACACAUGGAAUAAAUAGACAACUCGCGAUCAUCCAAACCAUUAAAAUAGAAGUAUAACAGAUGGUAACAGAACACCGCAAGGAUAUAAAACAGAUUGGCAAAUAAAACAGAGGAAACAUCAACCACCAGCAAGUUAAUAGCACACAAAUGGAGGAAAAGGAACCAGAUGUUUACAGCUUGGAAGAUGACGACCAUUUUCGUGACUUGGAACUGAUAAGGGAAAGAUGUAGUGCCAUGAACAGAAACCGCGGCGGCGCCCGGAGCGUCGGCGACGAGGACGGCGGCGGCGGCGGCGGCGGCGGCGGCGGGAGGCCCUCGCCCGUGUGCACGCUGAAGGCGCACUCCAACGACGUCACGAGCGUUGACUUCGCCGGCCGCUCUCUGCUGGCCACGGGGUCUUCGGACAAGACUGUAAGGGUGUAUAAGUGGCAGGUUGGGGACACAUUUGAGGAGGUCUCGUACUCUCCUCUGAUUGGCCACACCUACGGCAUCAACUGUGUACAUUUCUCACCCUUUGGGACAAAGUUAGCUUCCGCAUCCACUGAUGGUUCCACUAUUAUUUGGGAUGUUAAAUCAGGGAACAGGCUGUGUUCGCUACAGCCUGCAAGUGAAGCAGCAGUGCGAGUAUGUGCCUUUUCUCCCAACUCUGCUCUCCUGGCCACUGGGGGUGAUGACGACACAGCAGCCAUAUGGGACGUUUCAACCCUGGCGCUCCUCAGACACAGGCAAUCCCCAGAACAGUGUUUGUUGAGACGCAUGCAUGGAGAUGAAUCAACGGUCACGAGCGUAGGAUUUACCCCUGACAGCAGUUACUUAGCAACAGGCAGCAGUGGGGGUGAACUCCGCCUUUGGGAUGCCAGAUAUGGCCACUCUGUACCCAUUGCUAUGAAGGCUGAGGCUCAUGACCUAGGUGUCUCUGGGCUUCACUUCAGUCCAGCCAUAGGAAAGGAAGCAGAAUAUAGUGCACUCGGGAAGCAGUAUCUGCUGGCAACAGGAGGACAAGACACAGUGUUACACCUGUGGGUGGUGGAGGUUGGAGGGCAGGUGGUGGGGGGUUGUGGGGCACCUGUCAUUGCUCCUCACCACUCCCUCCAUGGCCACCAGGCCCCCAUCAUGUGUGUCAGGUUCAGUGCCAAUGGCCUGAUCUUAGCCUCUGCCUCGGGGGAUAAGACUGUGCGGCUUUGGGACCCAAUGAAGUUAGUAGCUCUUGGGGUGUUAGAGGGUCACAAGCGUUAUGUGACGUCAUGUGCCUUCAGUGAUGAUGGAGCUCUCGUUGCGGCCGGGAGUGGGGACAGGAUGGUUCAUGUGUGGCGGGUUGACAGAGCAGCUAGUUCAGUCAACCGCAACACAUCUGCUACCAACAAGAAACCACUGGCAAAAUUUCCUUCACAAAGAUUUCGUGAGAAUUUGAAGUUAGUACAGUGGUCAUGUGAAGAUGUAUGUGGUUGGUUGGUGGAGCAAGGUCUUGCUGAGUACUCACACAACUUCCGGGCUCAUGCAAUUGAUGGACGGGAAUUACUGACAGUGACUGACGAAAUUCUUGAGAAGAAACUUGGUGUUGAUGCUCUUGGACAUCGUAACAAGAUCUUGAGAUUAAUUAGAAAAUCAACUCAAGAUUCACAAAAUGCUAAGGGUGCAGCUAAUGUUCCUCCCACAGAAUUCCUCUGCCCCAUUACACAAGAGCUAAUAGAUGAUCCCGUCCUUUGUGCUGAUGGAUUCACCUACGAGAGAAUAGCAAUGGAAGCCUGGCUGGCCAGUGGCAAGCGGACAAGUCCAAUGACCAAUGAGAAGCUCUCCCACCUUACACUAACUCCAAAUCGUACCCUAAGAACACUUAUACAGAGAUACAAGGAAGAAAACAUGUGACCACGUUGGGUUAUAUGAGAUAGAGUUUACUUUAGGAUAUUUGAAGUUGCAUAGUGAGUCUAUUUCUUCGUAGAUAUAGAGAAAUCUGGUCAUGAGAGAUAUGGUUUUGGAGUAUAUACAGUAUAUAUGUACAUACACAUACACAAGCACAUGCAUAAUCAUACACAACACAUACAUAUUAAAAACAUGAAUGUUGAGCCAGCAAAGAGCAGAGCUUCUGUCAGUAAAAAAAAAAUAAUAAUAAUAAAAAACAGAAAGAAAAA